AAGAUAAUUUAAAGAUUAACGGGAAACCGCCGGCUGUUCGUGCCUAUAGCGAUCGUGUAUUAUUGAUAAAGUGACUGUGUAGAAUUUUGAGCCAGUGCGGGCGGAAAGGCGCGUGAGUUAAAGCCGCGUGGGUAUGUGAUCUUCAGUUUUAUAUUCUGGUAGAAAAUGCAAGUAUAUCACUGGCAAGACUACCAGAUUCGAUGAAUCAGUACCAACAUGAUGUAUGGGCAAGUUCUCCACCAUCAAGGCAGGGAGGAAGACCUUGUUAAUCUCAACGUUGGAGGCACCCAGCACAAGGUGGAGCGUCGCGUUCUCCUCCGGUUCCCCAACACUCGUGUGGGUCAGUUAAUGCAGUGCUGCAGCGAUGCCGCAAUCCUGGAACUCUGUGACGACUACAGUCCCGCUGAGCAAGAAUACUACUUUGACAGGAGUCCGCAAGUCUUUCACUGCGUUCUGAACUUCUACCGUACCGGACACUUUCAUGCUCUGGAGGAGCUUUGUGUGUUUUACUUCUGUCAGGAGAUCGAAUACUGGGGUAUUGGCGAGCUGGAUCUGGAAGCCUGCUGUCUCGAAUGGUUCCUUGAGCGCAAAGAUGAGCGGGAGCAGAAUGCGUCCGGCCGGUCUAGUAAUGCAUCAUCGUCUGGAGAUAUCUCAGUUGUGGGCAGUGACCAAUGGAGGUUUGAGGGCUUGUGGUGUUCAGAUGUGCGCAAGUUCAUGUGGCAAACUCUUGAAGAUCCCAAUCACUCCAAGUGUUCCAAAAGCAUAGCUGCGGUUUCCGUCCUGAUCAUUUUGACCUCGAUUGUGGCCAUGUGUAUUCACAGUAUGCCCGAAUUCAGGUAUGCAGCUGAUAGUGAACAUUCCGUCCUGGACUUUCUGGAGCUCAUCUGUAUCAUUUUCUUCUCGGUGGAGUUUGUCCUGCGGGUCGUAGCAGCUCCUCAGCCAUGGAGGUUUUUGGGAAACCCUCUGAACAUGAUUGACAUGGCUUCUAUCUUGCCUUUCUAUGUGACGCUGGCCUUUGAAAGUUUGGAUGAAGAGGACGGGGAGGAAAACCAACAUCUGGUCAACAUGGGGAAGGUGGUUCAGGUUCUCCGGUUAAUGAGGGCCUUCAGGGUGCUAAAGCUUGCUCGACAUUCAGAAGGAGUGAGAGCUUUUGGAGAAACUCUAAAGAACUGCCAAAGCGAGGUGGGUCUGCUUGUUCUUUUCCUUACUGUUGGAGUAUCGUUCUUCUCUACGUUUAUCUACUACACUGAAAAGGAAGAUGCUUCAUCCAAACUCUCGUCUAUUCCUGUUUGUUGGUGGUGGGCCAUUAUUUCGAUGACUACGGUGGGCUAUGGGGAUGUAUAUCCACAGACAGUUGCUGGGAGAAUUGUAGCUACACUUUGCAUUCUCUGUGGAUUGCUCGUGGUUUCUUUACCCAUCACCAUAAUCAUGAACACCUUUUCUAAGUACUUUGAUAAAAAUACACCCAAGAGGCGCCUUUCAGAAACUAGAACAUAGAAAAAUGGCAAUGGUUUCUCUGUGGAUUAAAAUGUUGGCUUGCUUUUGCCUUCCGAAACAUUUUUGUGGAUCUUUCAAAAACAAAAAGUAUUUUGACAUUUAAUAAAAAAAAUAAUGCCACCUUACAUCUUAGUGUUAAAUACAUUGCCUGAUGUUUGGAAAAAAUGAAAGACCUAGCACUUCAAAGUCAAGUCAGAACAAAUAAAAACGAGCAGCACAACAUUCUUUCUUUUCUUCAAAAAAGUUUAAUAGUAGUUCUAUGUACAACAAAUGAUCAUACUUAAUAUUCAGUUAUUCAAAGAGGCAGAUUGAUCAAAUCUGAAAUUAGGCAAAAUACCGAAGCAAAACUAAAGCAGAGAAGGACCAAACCCUUCAUAAAAUCCUCAUCUGCAAAAAACCCAACAUUUCAUAUUUAGAUAUGUGAAUAUGACUCAAUAAAUUAGAAAUAAAAAAGCAAAUUAUUCUUACAAAUACCAAACUAUUUGUAAAAUGCCAAAACAACUAACAGCAAUGAAACAUCAAAUCAUACAUUCAGUUUUUUUUUCUUUUACGAUCCUGCAUGCUGUCAUAGCUCUAUAAAAUAAUCUUGACAAAGUUCAAAUAAACAUGGGUUAGAGCAAAAAAAAAAAAAAAAAGAAUUAAAUUAAGCAUAUAUUUAUUUAACAAUAUAUGUAUUUUUCUUUAAAUAAAUAAUGUAUAUUUGGCAUUAGAUUCAUCCUUAUUAUUGAUAUAUUUAAUGAUUCAAAACGUGUUUGAAGCCAAACCAUUCUCAAAAACUCACUGUUAAUAGCCCAUUUAUGAGAGGUCUCAAACCACAUUACAUCAGAUGUGCUGGAAAACAAAACAAAAACAAGAAAAUCCCUCCCCCUUGACGAAUUAGUCAUGAGAAACUAAGACCAAAAUAUUUUCAUACUGGGGUUAUGGUUAACCUUUGAGACCAAAAACUGCCCUGAAUCCCACUUCGCGCUCUGAAAAGUCAACGGAGCAUCACAGACAGACCUCAACAUCCUAAAGAAUCAUUAUUUUUUUCCACCAACGAAAGGAUGUGAAAUUUUGUCUGUGCCAUGAUCAAUAAAACCCUUCAGGUUAUUGCUGAACAGGCAGCGAAACAUCUGUACUAAAUUCUACAGCUGAAGACUGAUUCAACUGCCUAUAAUACUGUGGUUUCUUUGCAGAGAAGCCUUGAAUAGGUGGACAACUGACAAAUGAAAGGGAGCAUGGAGUACAACAACUGAUAGGGUAUAUGAAGGGUAUAAUCUUAAAUUUUUUUUUAUAAUUAUAUAUAUAUAUAUAUAUAUAUAUAUAUAUAUAUAUAUAUAUCU